CAUCCUCUCCUCCUCUGUUCCUCUCUGUCCGGGUCUCUCUGGCCUCUUGGCUGUCUGACUGCUGGGUUUUCAUGUGUUCUCUGCAGACAGGAAGACUCAGGCCACCUGCAGUCUUUGGUUCCUCUUCUAUGAGCCACAAUCUGUUGAUUUUCUGCAGCUUUCUCAGUUUCUAGAAAGCUGUGCCUGUGUCUCCCUCCGUUUGCUCACUGGCAGCCAUCCAAGGACAUCGUCGGGAUGCCGCUGCCCCGACUGCUGUUUCUGCUCUGGGUCUGCGAGUGGGCACCUGGAAAACACUUUCCUCUCCCUACGGUGUCCAUGUUUACCUACGAGACAUAUAAGCUGGAACUGAAGUCCAGCGUAGUGAAAGUGCAGAAGGGUCUGUGUGUCCUCGUGCCCUGCACAUUCUUUGAACAUUCCGGGAACCGAAGCUCAGACAAGGUCUUUGGCUACUGGUUCAGAGCAGGGGCGAAUACAGACCAUGAUUCGCCUGUGGCUACAAACAACCUAAAUCAACUGGUGAAGAAUCAGGGCCAGUUCCAUCUCUCCGGGGACCCAAGGAACAACAAUUGCUCGCUGGACAUCAGAGAUGUGCAGAGGACCGACAGCGGUUCUUACUUUUUCAGGAUUGAAAAAGACUCCUUC